AUGGAGACCCUCUCCCAGGACUCUCUGCUGGAGUGCCAGAUUUGCUUCAACUACUACAGCCCCCGCCGGCGGCCCAAGCUGCUGGACUGCAAGCACACCUGCUGCUCGGUGUGCCUGCAGCAGAUGAGGACCAGCCAGAAGGACCUGCGUUGCCCCUGGUGCCGUGGGAUCACCAAGCUGCCACCGGGGUACUCUGUGUCACAGCUCCCCGAUGACCCCGAGGUGAUCGCUGUCAUUGCAAUCCCCCACACCUCGGAGCACACCCCUGUCUUCAUCAAACUCCCCAGCAAUGGGUGCUACAUGCUGCCAUUGCCCCUCUCCAAGGAGAGGGCACUACUGCCGGGAGACAUUGGCGUUGUGAAAAGCUCCACCUGGUCGGGGGUUUGCACUGUGAUCCUGGUGGCCUGCGUCUUGGUCUUUCUCCUGGGCAUCGUCCUCCACAACAUGUCGUGCAUUUCCAAGCGCUUCACGGUGAUCUCCUGUGGCUGA